CGCGUUGUAAGAUCUGUUUCGGUUUACGGCGAAGAAAAGCGUCACACAGAGAUGCUCAGCGGACGCACUGGUUGCCAUUCUUAAUCUACCUGCAGGAAUGAAUGUUCCUAGAUGCGAUUGUCUGCACACAUGUUAAUAUUUUAAACAAUACGUGAUUCCAGUUUGAACAGCUGUUGAGACUGCGCAUGCUUCACGGGAUUAUAUUAAACUCAAGUCCUUAAAGAUGGCCAAAAUUGAGCGCCUUAAUGCUCGAGUGGAAAAGCUGCUGUCUAAAGCAGUGCAGGAGGUUCUGGAUGUGGUGAGAGAAACUGUGUUCGAGUAUCAGGAGAAAACUGCCAGAACCCAGAGAGAGAAUCAGAGCCUGAAGAGGAGACUGCAGGAACUGCAAGACAGAAUGAACCUGGAGAGCAGUGGAUUGGUGCCAGAAAUGUCUGCAUCCAACCUAGCUGAGGUGAAACAGAAAGAGGAGCUGAGAGAGGACAUUGAAGUCAUCCCUGCUGAUAAAGACGUUCCAUCAAAAGACCUUGAGGCAUCCAUUGCGCCAUUAGGUGCUUCCUGUGUUUCUCCUCACGGUGCAGCACAAAGCCUUGGAAAUUUUAAAACAGAGACACAUGAUGGAUUGUCAGCCUCAGUUUUAGACCAUAAGAAGUCCAUCAUUGCACCUGGAGAUUCUGAAACUGAUCAAAAAAUGAAAGUAGAGUCUGCACCAGAUGAAGAUGGCUUGUACAUUGUGAAUUAUUUUUAUAAUAAUCCAUCAACGAGCACUGCGUCCUUAAACAGGGUAAACCUAGAACCUCCACAAGCCAGUUUAGGACUCCACAGUGGGUUGGCUCCACAGAUUGUCUACAUUCAGGGUGAAAGUGGUGUUCAAGAACCGGUGUCUCAAAGAUACAGCAAUGUAAACGGUGCUGGAGAAGAAAACCAACAGAGCAGUCAAACCACCACUGAAGUGGGCUGUUCAGACUCGACAGAGAAAUUACAGAGAAAUGUCAGAAAACACUACUGCUGCUCCCUCUGUGGUCGCACCUUCAGGCACGCCGGCGACUAUAAGAAACACAACAGGGUGCACACAGGGGAGAGGCCGUACUGCUGCUCGGUGUGCGGCAAGCGCUUCAGCCAGUCGGGCUACCUCACAGUACACCUGCGCUACCACACAGGAGAGAAGCCGUUUGGCUGCAGUCACUGCGGCAAAAGUUUCAGUCACUCAAGUAACUUGAAGAAACACCAGCAGACUCAUCUGUGAGGCUGCCUAUGAAUCCAGAUUUUUACUAAGCAUCUCAUGCUUUUGAGAUGUGUGUAUAAGCUGCAAACAGGAGGGUGUCCU